GCAUUUUGUUAGUAAAAUUUCAGUUAUCUACAACUUGUUGUUACAGUAAAACUCCCUUAACCCCCAAAAUGUCGCAAUAUACUCUAGCUAUGUUCAUUUUGGGAGUGGCCUGUCUAUUUUUGACAAGCUCAACAGCUGUAGCUUCAGUGAUUAGCUGCCCUCCAAAUAACGAAAUCGUAUCACCGAAGCUACAUCAACUUUGCAACGCGAUCGAGCAGGCUAUCAAUGAAGUCCAGGUUUCUCCGCUUGACUAUCGUAUGGACGAAAGAAGCCCAGCUGAAAAGAAGAGGCAGGAUGUGGACCACGUUUUUUUGAGAUUCGGCAGAAGAUUUGGAUAUUAAUUAUUUAGAGCGUUUCAUUAAAAGCUUCUUGACAUAGAAUAAUAGAUGUUAUUGUCGAAGACAAAGUAGUUGCUGUAUAUGCGUUUUAAAUGUUUAAAAACCCAUGGGAAACCAGCGGUUAUUUAAAAAUGACUUUUCCCAUAUGUAUUAUAUUUUUUCUUGACAUUAUUAAUAUCUGUGAAUAAAAUAAAUGUUAUUUAAUGUAGAAUGUAGUUUUUAGCGUAGUCAUUAUAUUAUUGUAGUAGGAAGGGUCAUUUUUUAAAUAUAUAUAAACAUAAAGCAU